GGAUAACACACUGGCUGCCUACCGCACAGGCAGCACAACGCGCCCGCCCAACUGGGCCCGCGCGGCCCGCAGGGAAACAUCCACCACUGCAGGCUUCAACACUAGGGCCGGCUACUUAGCGGGUGAGAAGGAGGUUCAGACGCACUUGAGCGGUCCGCAUCUCACCUCUGCACUUCUCACCCCCCCCGCGCCGCCUUCAACUCCUCCGGCACAUCCCCGACUCGACACAGCCUACGGACCACCAGCCCCAGCGAUUCCGGCUACUGCGAUACAAACAUCCGUCUCCUACCCCUCAUCCCUGGCCGCGCCCCUUGAAAGAAACCGCGCCCCCUAUCGCCGCAGUAGCGGCUGCAGAGCGGAAGUACCUGGUUGCUCCGGCCGCCGCCGCACCGCAUCCCGCCAGGAUGUCGUACAUGCUGCCUCACCUACACAACGGUUGGCAGGUUGACCAGGCCAUCCUGUCGGAGGAGGAUCGAGUGGUGGUCAUCCGCUUCGGGCACGACUGGGAUCCGACGUGCAUGAAAAUGGACGAAGUUUUGUACAGCAUUGCUGAGAAGGUAAAAAACUUUGCUGUUAUUUAUCUUGUGGAUAUCACUGAAGUACCAGACUUCAACAAGAUGUAUGAGUUGUAUGAUCCCUGUACAGUCAUGUUUUUCUUCAGGAACAAACACAUCAUGAUUGAUUUAGGUACAGGUAAUAACAACAAGAUCAACUGGGCAAUGGAAGAUAAACAAGAAAUGAUUGACAUUAUAGAAACUGUUUAUAGAGGAGCCCGCAAAGGUCGAGGUUUAGUGGUAUCACCAAAAGAUUAUUCUACUAAAUACAGAUACUGACAUUUUGUUGGGGCUGUGUUUUUCUUUUUUAAUUCUUGCUUCACUUAAAUUUAUUUUUCUGUAUGUACAUACAUAUGUAUAAUAAAAAUAAACAAUCUUUCAAUGUUGAA